AUGUUACUCGUCCUGAUCCUGUUACUCUUCCUGGUCCUGGCACUAGUCCUGGUCCUGGUACUAGUCCUGGUCCUGUUUCUCUUCCUGGUCCUGUUUCUCUUCCUGAUCCUGUUACUCUUCCUGGUCCUGGUACUAGUCCUGGUCCUGUUUCUCUUCCUGGUCCUGUUUCUCUUCCUGGUUCUGUUACUCUUCCUGGUGUUGGUACUAGUCCUGGUACUAGUCCUGGUCCUGGUACUAGUCCUGGURCUGUUUCUCUUCCUGGUCCUGUUUCUCUUCCUGGUCCUGGUACUAGUCRUGGUCCUGUUUCUCUUCCUGGUCCUGGAUCUGGGCCCAUACACACUGGUGAUAGGGCGGUGGAGAGGGUAUCAUAUCAGCCAGAAUGGACCGCGGAGAUAUCAGGGCCAAAGCGGAGAGAGAACCGGACGAUAUCCGGGUAGGAACGUGGACCGUGGAGACUAUCAGGAGGAGUUGGACCCGGGAGCGACGCCGAUACCAGAGGGAGUGGCUGACGAUAUUCAGGAGGCACGUGGACCGGGGGGAGAUAAUCAGGAGGACGUAGGCGUCGCCCGACACCUCCGCGGGCGACGGAUACCAGGCAGCCAAAGGCAUCCAGUGGACGAUAUCAGGAAGGAGGCCUGGCACCGGGGAGGACAUCAGGAGGACACCAAGGAGAGCGCACAGUGGAACGAUAAUCACGGAAGCAGUGCGGAGACAUCAGGAAAGGAUGGACAGCGAGACCCAAGGGCGCGCAAUGAUCAUCCAGGAGGACAGACGUGGACCGGGAGAUACAACGAGGACCAUGGAGAUAUAAACAGGAGGACGUCACAGGAACCUACCGUGGAGAGUGGAGAUAUCAGCGGAGGACGCGGACCGGGAGAUAUCAGCGGAGCUUGGAGAUAUCAGCGAGAUGGACCGGGGAAGAUAGUCACAGCAGGAGUGGGCGGAUAUCAGGAGGAGCUGGACCCGGGGAGCUUCAGGAAGUGCGACCGGAGAUAUCAGGGCAUGCCGAUAAUCAGGACGGAGUGGGAACCCGGGCGAUAUCACGGACAGGCAGUGGAACCGGGAGAUAUCAGGAGAGACACGCUGGCACAGGUUGUUUGUUUUCUUUUGGUUUUGAAGAGGAGGGGGUGUAGCAGCGUUCACACGGGGACUGAAGAGACCCCCGCCGUUACAACGCUGUCCCGCGCCAACACAGGGACACAGGGGGGGGACCCAGGUCAAAGAUGGCAGCCAGCUCCMGGGUCGAAGGCAGCCAUGUUAGUGAAGGUGAACAGUAUUGGCAGGAACCAAUCCGUGGUGCCCCCUAGCACCCAGCACCUCAACACUCUCAGCCCUGGGAGCCCUGCUGUGUACCAGGUCCACUCAGACAGAUCCAGCCCCAUAUCCAGCCCUGCAGGCAAGAUGGCUUCCCCUGUGGACCACAAACAAGCCUUCCACCUGAAGAAGGGAGACAACGGUAACUUCGGCCUGGUGAUGCCCUCCACUGGCAGCCAGGUCUACCAGACUCCACAGAGGUGUCAGGCUGGCACCCCCCAGCCCUCCUCGCCCCAUUACGGUGCCACUCCGCCCAUCUAUGAUGAACCACCCAUGGAGACACCUAUCUAUGAUGAGCCCCCGAUGGAGGUGGAGGUGGAGGGGGCCGCCCUCCUGAACAGGUCCUCCACCCCAACCACCAGCCUGCAGAGGGUCCGCCAACCCCAACCCCAGACCCAGACCCAGCCUCAGCAGCAACCCAAGCUGCUUCAAUACCCAGCRUCUCAUCUGGCCUCCAAACACAAGAGGAAUCCCUCCGCCACAGAGUACAGCCCCGCUGGACGGGAGUGCAUCAAACACAUGGUCAACGUGGACCCUGCCACCUGCAAGCAGAGCCCCAUAUCCCAUCCUAUCCAGACAGAGCAGGCKCCUGCUCCAGACCCUGACCUGCCCCCCUCUCCAUCCCCAUGCCCAGUCGUGACCCAGCCCAGGCCUAAGGAGGUGAGCCUGGAGAAGAAGCAGUCGUGGCGUCUCCUGGAGACCAGCGUGAGGAAGAACAUGGAUCUCCGACACAGCCGGCAGAACAGUGUGGCCUCCCAGGAGUACCCAGCGCCGGCCGCCGUCAUCUACCAGGACUCAGGCUACUCCACCGGGCCCUCGCCCAGCUUGAGGAGGAAGAACCGCCGGAGAGCCCUGGGAGGGGGGGCUGGGGGAACAGGGCAGGGCCGGCCAGGCUCAGUAGGCAGCAGUGGGGAGCUCAGUGCCCUGAAUGAGAAGCUGAUGGCAGAGAUGCGGGUGGUGGUGAGUCGCUCUAACACCCUGCGUGGCAGCAAGGCCAGCCUGGACACUGAGAUGUCUGACAGCUCUGUACCUCGGGCCCGUUCCCCCCUGGACUCCCCGAAGAAGUACAGGGGCCGCAGCGCCUCCCGAGAGGACAUCAGCGCCAGUAACCGCUCUCUGUACCGGACCGGGAGCGGGAGUACCCAUGGCGACGUACCCCUCUCUCCCCUGGCGUCAGAGGGCAUGGUGCGUCAGAAACGGACCUAUGAGAAGGUGGACACUCUGGAGAAGAGCAUCAUCAGCCAGAACAGCCUGUCCUCCUUGGAGCCCCACAUGUCCCUCUCACAGGCAGGAACGCUGGACUCCAAGGCCCAGUCGGAGAUCUCGUCACAAGGCGGAGGUAAUGGACACAGGGGCACCCCUCAUGGAGUCAAAGUGACUGGAGACAGGAGGGGAGGUGGGGGAGGAGGAGGCGGCAGUGUGGGAUACCAGUACCCUUACACCACCCUCUGUAAACCUCCUCCGGACACCAACAUGGUGGACUGGGCCAGUAAGAACCUGAACCUGCACACCCAGGGCCUGUUCCGCCGCCGCGUSUCCAUCGCCAACAUGCUCUCCUGGAACCGGGGCUCCAUCAAGAAGCCCAUGCUGAUCACCAGCGACCGCACCGUCAAGAAGGAAGCCUGUGAGAUGUUCAAGCUGAUUCAGAGCUACAUGGGGGAUCGUCCGGCCCGGCUGGAGCGCCGUCACACCGCCCUGCUGGUGGUCACUAAGUGCUGGGGAAUGCAGGCCCUGAGGGAUGAGCUGUACGUCCAGCUGGUCAGACAGACCACUGACAACCUGAGCCUGAGGAGCCUGGAGGCCGGCUGGGAAUUCAUGGCCAUCAGCCUGGCCUUCUUCUCCCCCUCGCCCAAGUUCAGAAGCUACCUUGAGGGGUACAUCCAGACACACCUGGAGCCCUCCAACGACAAGAAGAUCAUGCAGCACAUUAUGGAACAACAGGACAUGAAGACCAAGAAGAAUUCAAAGUCCCGGAAGAAGAGGAAGCAGAACAGCGAGGAAGAAGAAGAGGGCCUGCCAAUCAGCACUUAUGCCAAGUACUGCUACCGCAAGCUGCAGAAGGUCGCCGUCACUGGGGGAAAAAAGGGUCUGAGGAAGCCCACCCUGGAGGAGUUAGACCAGGGGAGGAAUGCCAUCGUGACCCCUUCCUUGUUCGGCAGCGCCCUGGAGGAGAUCAUGGAGCGCCAGAGCGAGCUGUUCCCGGAGCGCAGACUCCCRUGGGUGCAGGUGCAGCUUUCUCAGUACGUCCUAGCCCUAGGAGGGGCCCAGACAGAGGGAAUCUUCAGGGUGCCUGGAGAUAUUGACGAGGUGAAUGCGCUGAAGCUGCAGGUAGAUCAGUGGAAUAUUCCAGAAAACCUUGGGGACCCCAACGUCCCGGCGUCUCUGCUGAAGCUGUGGUACAGGGAGCUGGAGGAGCCAGUCAUCCCUCAGAGCUUCUAUCAGCAGUGCAUCAGUAACUAUGAGGAUCCUGAAGCAGCUAUCAGCGUGGUGCAGUCUCUGCCUGAGCUCAGCAGACUGGUGCUCUGCUACUUUAUACACUUCUUACAGGUGUUUGCUCAGCCCGUCAAUGUGAGUAAGACCAAGAUGGACGUCAAUAACCUGGCCAUGGUAAUGGCUCCCAACUGUCUCCGCUGCCAGUCAGACGACCCACGCGUAAUCUUUGAGAACACGAGGAAGGAGAUGUCCUUCUUACGCAUGCUCAUUGUUCACCUGGACACCAGCUUCGUCAAGGACAUCCUCUGAGGGGGUCAACUCUAUCCCUCUUUAUCAAGGACAUCCUCUGAUGGGGUCAACUCUAUCCCUCUUUAUCAAGGACAUCCUCUGAGGGGGUCAACUCUAUCCCUCUUUAUCAAGGACAUCCUCUGAGGGGGUCAACUC